AUGACUACUUUCUUAGAUAUAGUUAAAAAUUGUGAUAAUUUUCCAUACCCAGAUGAAAAAGUAGAUGAAGAAAAUUUGAUGCUCAUCACAGUACCACUGCUGCUAGAUAAUGUUAAAAUAGGACUUAUACCCCAGACCACAAUUCCGGCGUUAAAAAAAUAUAAUGAACAACAUAAAAAGCCUUGUCCUUUCAUUAUUGAAGAUACAUUUAUUACAUUUGCAUCACACUUGAAUACAUUUGAGGAAAGAACGCAAGCAAUAAAAAAUCUCUUGAAAACAUGGAGAGAGGAAAAAACCUUUCCAGCAUUAGAAGGCGAGUUAAAAAAAAUUUCAAAUACUGAUGGCGAGAUGAAUUUAUUAACAUUUGGUAUACAUUUAAGUGCAUAUAUUAGAACACCAGAAGGAAAGCUUAAAAUGUGGAUAGCAAAAAGAUCAAAAACAAAACAUAAAUGGCCAGGAUGUUUAGAUAAUACAGUAGCAGGAGGGAUAUCGUAUAUGUUAACAGCUACAGAAACAGUAGUUAAAGAGGCGAUGGAAGAAGCUAGUUUACCAGCAGAGAUUGCAGAAAAGGCAGUACCAGUUGGAGCACUCACAUAUUUUUUGGUGACAAAGAACGGAUUACAGCCUGAAGUUAAAACCCGUAUCCUUGCUGAUGAAUUUAAACCUAAUUGUGCAUUAGUAAUAAUUGAUUUUAUGAUUCGUCAUUCUAUCAUUAAUCCGGAAAAUGAACCAUCAUAUCUUGAGAUUUUAAAUAGACUUCAUAGACGACUUGAGUUUCCUACUCCAUCCUCUUAA